CCCUUCAAAACGUCACCGUUUCUUCUGCCAGAGAUCCACCUGAAAUGUGAGGUUUCUUCUGAUUGUUACCCCCCCUCUCUCUCUCUCUCUCUCUCUCUCUCUCUCUUUCAAGCUCGAAACUUCUUCCAUUUUUACUUUCUGGACGCGUUAAUUGUUAUUUGAAAGUAACAAGCAAUGGUGAAGGACACAGCGUACUAUGACAUAUUAGGUGUGAACGUUGAUGCAUCUGCUGCAGAUAUCAAGAAGGCUUAUUAUGUCAAGGCAAGAAUUGUUCACCCUGAUAAGAAUCCAGGGGAUCCUCAGGCCGCAGAAAAUUUUCAGAAACUUGGUGAGGCUUACCAGGUUUUAAGUGACCCCGUGAAGCGUGAAGCAUAUGAUAAAAAUGGAAAAGAGGGAGUAGUACAAGAUAACAUGAUGGACCCUACCGCUGUAUUUGGAAUGAUUUUCGGAAGUGAAGUUUUUGAAGAAUAUAUUGGGAAACUUGCACUGGCUUCUUUAGCAUCUAUAGAAAUUGAUGAAGACAUACAGGACCCUGAAGCUCAGAGGCAAAAAAUUCAAGAAAAGAUGAAAGCAUGGCAGAAGGAAAGAGAGCAGAAGCUUUCAGCAAUUCUGAUAGACCGGCUGCAACUAUCGGUUGUUGGUCAAGAAGAGGAAUUUACUGCAUGGGCAAAGUCAGAAGCUCGUACCCUUUCUAAAGCCGCUUUUGGUGAGGCCAUGCUACAUACAAUUGGUUACAUCUACACACGAAAAUCUGCAAGAGAACUUGGCAAGGAUUUACGGUACAUGAAUGUUCCCUUUUUGGCUGAGUGGGUUCGAGAUAAAGGACACCGUAUUAAGUCACAAGUAACAGCAGCCUCAGGAGCUGUGUCCCUAAUUCAAAUACAAGAAGAGCUCAAGAAACUAAACCAAGGAGAAAACAAGGAAGAAAACAUAAUCAAAGCUAUUGAAGAUAAGAAGGAUGCCAUGGUUAAUUCUCUAUGGCAGAUCAAUGUGAUUGAUAUUGAAUCAACUCUGUCACAUGUUUGCCAAGCAGUUCUUAAAGAUCCUAGUGCCUCCAAAGAUGUUCUGAAGGCUCGGGCCAAAGCAUUGAAAAAGUUAGGAAGCAUCUUUCAAGGUGCUAAGGCUCCUUAUAGCAGAGAAAACAGCCUACGCAAAGAAAAUGGCAAAGUAGUAGAUGCUCCUUCCUCCUCGUCGUAGUCAUCUUGUUCAGUUUAUUUGAUAUGGUUAUGUGCUGAGUAGUAUUCUACUAUUCUUGUGGCCUUCUGGUUCUCUGGAUUUUGAACACUGUUUGAUGCAGUGCUUCAUUGCUGUUGAUAGUCAUGCUAUGUAAUAUUGCUUGAACUCAUGGAUUGGACUAACCUGCCAUAAUUACACACUUGUAUUUAAUAAUUAUCUUCUAGUGAUUAUUGAUUUCA